AUGCCGAUUUCGGAUUUGCUUGCAUCGAUAACGGGCGAAAAGCCGUCGUCAUCAUCGAUCUCUACGAAAGAUGUCCCAGCAGCAUCUAAACGGAAGGCCGACGAUGACCUUCGAGGUUCUGCGCCAAAGGCCCCGCGUACCGAAUCAGCGACAAAUGGAAGUGCCCGGCCGAAUGGAAACGUAUCGAAACCUUCUACAGCGCGCCCCGCCGACCGACCGACGGAGCGCCCCACAGGAAAUGCGAACCCAACGCGUCCCGCGGAAAAAACAACUGGCUACACUGGCACCGCGCAACCACGUUCGUCCACGAAACCAACAGCUCCGGUGUUAACCAAGACCACAUCGACGCAGUCAAAGGUGGGAGGGACAAGCUCGAAUGGGAAUAAGGCUCCACUUUCGCGACCGCUCGUCAGCCGACCCGCCUCUAGCGCUCCUGUCGCCGGCUCUGGACCUCCGAAGAAACGCUCGUAUGCAGAGAUCAUGGCAAGGGCCCAGGCCAAUCAGCCCAUGCUGUCAUCCGUUGGGAAGAUUCAGCACAAGAAGGUGGAGAAGCAGUUGACCCUAAAGGAACGCAAGGAACUAAAGGCCGAGGAAGCGAAGAAGGGCAAGAAGGAUGUAAGGCCACCGACUACCGGGAGGAGCGGUGUGACAGCUGGGCCAACCCGCAAUGGUACCAACGGCACGACUGCGAACCGUCAGCGGAGCAUCACCCCCUCAGCCCCGGCUGGCGCCAAGUCCAAGACAGGCCAAAAUGCCGUGGAGGAGAAGAAGGUAAAGAAGGCUGCUCUAGCGACGACUGGAUACCAAGGCACGGCACGUCCCCGUCCAGGGGCCACCGCCACAAAAGCAGGAACAUCCACCUCGGCAGGCGCGAGUAGGGGCCGUGGGCUGUCCGGUUAUGGCGCCUCAUUCUCACGUCCCCGGAGACGCGAGGAGGAGGAUGAAGAGUUGGACGAUUUUAUCGAGUACGACGAAGAUGAGGACGAUGGGUACGGCUAUGGUCGUCGCGGUGGUUACGAGUCACUGGAAGAGGAUGACUCAGACAUGGAGGCAGGAUUGUCCGACAUCGACGCGGAGGAACGCCGAGCAGAGUUGCAGGCUCGCAGAGAAGACAUGGAGCAGGAGGCGCUGGAGAAGAAGUUGAAGCGCGAGAAGGAGGAAAGAAAGCGGGCAGCACUUGCAAAACUCAAGUCCAGAGCCGGAGACCGCUGAUAUGUCGUGGUUGCGUGGCGUGUCUCCUUCUUUCUUUUGCCUCUAAAUUGGGAAGGUUUCGGCGCAUCGUGAUAAUUCCAAGGCAGGAAUUCGUUUUUUGGAGACGGUUUUGCAAUGGCGUUGGCUGGAAGACAGGACGGACACCCAGAAACAUUUUGCAUCAGCGUCUGGAGUUUAGUCAUUUUGCACGGAUUCCGGUUUCAUUGGCGGGCGUUGGCUGGCAAUAGAGCCCGUCGGACGGAUUAUAGUAUAGGUUGUCAUGACACGGUGUAGCGUAUCUAGAUAUCUUCAGACCCCCAAGCAUACCACGUCUUUGGGUUUU